CCGUCCGCAGUCCGAGCCGGCACCCACAAACAUGGCCUGCAUCAAGAGCAUCGUCGUCCUGCUGGUGGCGUCCCUCGCCUUGGCGGCCGCCUCGCCCGUCCCGGAGCCCGGCGGCUGGGGCAAGAGCAAGCACACGCACUACAUCAUCCACGUGCCGUACCACGUGCAGACCGUGCACCACCACCACGUCAAGAAGGUCCACGUGCCGGUGUACAUCGAGAAGCACCACCACCACCACGAGGAGCACCACGAGGAGCAUCACCCCAUCAUCAGCCACGGCUGGGACUGGGACAAGUAGGCGGGCCGCCUCGCCGCGCCUUGCCGCGCCCCCGCAGCGGACAAGCUCAAUCUAGUCUGAAAACGCGGCCCGGUGCGUCCGACAGGACUCCCCGGCGUCGUGUCACCACUCGUACAAAGUCACCAUCAUGUCUUCGUCGUCAUCAAGCAAACCACCUCAUCCCAUCAUCCCAUCCUGGAGGAACCUCCGUGGAAAAGAAUCAAAGAAAAGAAAACAAAUUGCCAAAAAAAUAAAAGAUUUUUAAACAUUUAA